AUGGAGGUGGACUCCAACACAAAGGUAUCCUAUUUUCUUGUUUUCUUUAAUCUAAGAUUGCGUUUACUUUAGGCCUACCGUAUCAUAGGCUAUGUCACUGUUACCGUAUCCACACUGUCGAUCAUCGCCCUCUGUGUAACUCUCCCGAUUGUGCACAGCUACAUUAAAGAGAUGCAGCACUCGAUGAAGGCCGAGAUGAAUCAGUGUCAGGUAAGAUUGGGUACUUUGCAACUAAACAUUUCUUAAUGCUUGAAAGGGAUUUAAAAGAUUUGGAAGCGUCUAGUACGUUUUGUAGCUAGAAAACUAGUGCUCGACUAGUCUUUAAAGUCUGUAAAAUGUCUAGAUUGUCUCUAAACAGAGGACGUUUCGCAACUAAUAUUCCAGAACAACGCGAAGACCCUGUGGACGGACGUCUACAUGCUGCGCGCUUCGUUCUCGCGUGGUUUCAACCGCACCGCCCGUCAGGCCGGCUACGAAUAUUCGACAGACGAGACGACUCCGUUCGCGCCUCCCAAAUUCGGCUAUCCGGUCGUCGGCGAGCAGAAGGAGGAGGCAAAUGUAAGUGGUUGGCUCAGUGAGUGCUUUGAGGUAAUACUUGCAGCCGUACGAUGCGCCGGCGCCGCCAGCCGAGACUUCUCCGAAGACCACUAGGCGGACUACGACUACCACCACUACCACGACUACUGAGGCUCCAACCACCUCCACCACUACCGUCAGAGCAGCAGAGCCUUCGUCUCAAGGAUAUGAUGAUGUGGCAGUGGUGACUGGUGCUCCAUCAACAGAACCUUCCGCGGAACUCACAACGGAGCACGCUCCAGAAGUUCCGGAAGUUUCAGAGCAACCAGAGCCAGAAGUCACCACUUCUGAAGCUCCAGAAGAAGUUCCGGAGCGUCCAGCUUCCACUCUCGAGUACUUGAAGACUACCGUACCGCCAGAGGAGCCGUACGGCACCACGUCGACUGCACCGUCCGCCGCAAUUCACGAGGAUGAUCACGACGAGAGCGAGCCGACCGCGCAAUGCGAGAACUGCUGUCGUCCGGGACCGCCAGGCGCGCCCGGAGCCCCAGGACGCCCAGGACCUCCAGGAAAGGCAGGCGCCAACGGACUGCCCGGAAACCCGGGACGUCCAACUAAACGGCCGUGCCAUCCGGUCACCAAGCCCCCGUGCGUUCCAUGUCCACAAGGCCCACUGGGUCCGGCCGGACCAGCAGGACCACCAGGAAACAUCGGACGCCCAGGAGUGUUUGGAGACAAGGGACCACAAGGACCGCCGGGUCAGCAGGGUCAAAAAGGACGGCGCGGAGAGAAAGGAAAGGACGGACCGCCAGGAGCUCCAGGAGCCCCGGGAGAAGACGUCAAGGAGAUUCCCGCCGUGCCAGGCCCACGAGGACCACCAGGACCGCAUGGCCGACAGGGACCACGUGGAGCGCCGGGAAUCCCCGGAAAAGACGGUCUUAACGGAGAGCCAGGAGCGCCGGGAGAGCCGGGAUUGGAUGGAGAACCAGGGUUGGACGGAGUGCCCGGAAAUCCGGGAAGAGAUGGAAUCAACGGGCACAACGGGGAGAAGGGAGUGUGUCCGAAGUAUUGCUCGGCCGACGGAGGCGUAUUCUACGAGGACGGGACUCGACGAUAA